UGUGUGAUGCUGUAGGUGCUCACUAUAAAACCCACAGAGGAAACCAAGAGAAAGCCACUGAUAUAUCAGAUAUAUCUGCAGCAGGCCAGCAACACAGAGGUGCGUCCACGUGGGAACAAGAAAACAAGCUACAGAAUGUUACCUUUGACUGCUGCUGGAUCCCUCUGCACUCCUGCUCAACCCUGGAUUUUACACUGACCGUCUGUUUCACGGAGAUUAUCUGGAAUAACUGUGAUGGCCAAGGUGUCAUUGAUACAUCUGGGAGUUUUGCUUUUUAUUGGACUAACAGUCGCGAUAGCCAACGGAUUUUCCUCGUUUCGUCAAGACGCGCGCACUGGGAAGGAUUUACUCGGAGCCCCAAGCACAAGCGCAGCUCCUCCACAGCAGACUGAGGGUAAAAACGGAGCCUGUUUUCUCUGCCAGCUCCUGAAACCCCACAGGAGAGACAAGAGAUGCACAUGUUACACCUAUAAAGACAAGGAGUGCGUUUACUACUGUCACCUGGACAUCAUCUGGGUCAACACACCUGAACGCACCAUCCCGUACGGCAUGUCGAGUUAUAGAGGCUCCCAGCGGGCCCGGCGUAAUGCAGGAGGUCAGCGCUGCACGUGUGCUUUACACACUGACCAGGACUGCACAUCGUUCUGCAGCAAGAGAUCAACAUGAGCGUCCUCUGGAGCAGAGCUAAACUGAUAUUCACUCAUCUGCGGGACUUUAUUCUUCUAUCAAACACAUGGAGAAUCACCUCCGAGACAAGGUUUACGUCUGUCCUAAAGAAAGGCCUUUACUGAGAAGGAGAAUUAAAGAGCCGAAGGAAGGAACUAAGCGUCUUGAGAAGCACUAAAGCUGUAAUCCUGGACAAAUGACACGAGUAACGCAGCAGUGCAUGAAACUCGGUGACUUCUGUGAUCUGCUACUAUGAUCUGACCACCAAAUCAGACAUGAAUGAAGUUUUAAACCACUGAGACAAUCACUAACAUGCAACAUGUAAAGGGCUUUGUCAUAUUACUACAUUCACAGAAAAGACGUGCUGUACAGCAUCCUUGUUUUGCAACACUGGCUGUUUCUAAAAUACGGUGUUCAGACUUACAGGUUUCUCCAUUUCUGUCAGUUUGUGACACUUCUUGAUUAAUAUUUGACAUGUGCAAAAUGGUCAUGCAUUUCUCAAAACAACAUACACAUAGCAAAACACCAUGGAUGACUUACAAUCAUAGGACAUAUUUAGAAGAAAGAGUCAACAUUAUCCAGGAGACACAAUGAUCUAAAGACUGAAUACUUUUGAGAAAUUCAGUUCUGAUUAGAGAAAUGUACCAAAGCCACUGAGAAAAACCCUGUAGUAGGAUUUUUCUUAAUUUGAUAAAUGAGUUCCACAUAAGCAUGAAUAAUUAUUUUAUUAGAAAAAGACAAAAGGGAAAUUCCUCGCUUAAGCAUAAACAGGAAUCAUGUAUUUUAUGACUAACCAUAAGACCUGUUUUAAAUGCCAUAACAUAUGAAUGAUUUUGAUCUAGAGUAUAUGCAAGAGAGUAUAUAUUUAUUACACUAACCAAACGUUAUAUAAUACAUUCUCCACAGCGCAGACACAAACAUGAUACUUUAUUUCCAACCACUAGAUCAACAAUCAUUUAUUUAUUCAAAGCUUUAACAUUUAUCUGAGUCGUGCAAGAAAUGGACUGAUAUUGGUGAACUGAUAUUGAUUGUGCCUGUUCUCACUUUUCAUGACCAACAUACAGGUCCUGCUGUUCGUUCAUAAAUUAAACCUGUGCUGUUUUUAUAUCCACGGCUUGUCUUCUUGUGGAGCUGCAAACAUUGAACUACUGAAGCAUGUUCAGAUUCUUCUGCAGAGCUAAUUUGAAACUUGUGGCUUAAAUGUAAAAAAUAAUACCAUCUAGCCUCAGGCUAGAUUACGUUCUCUCAUUACUUCGCAAAGGUACGUUUUAUCCUUUCGCAAGGGGGCAGGAAUUGUUUGCUGUCUUGGAAUGUGCCCUCGAUACACCCCUCUAGAUGAGAAAACCCAUGUAAUUUCCCAUGGUGCAUGAUGGGAGAAGCAUGCAGAGAAUGGUAUGUUAAAUACAGGUGUGUGUGUGUGUGUGAGAUGAAGGAAUAUUGUUUUAGAUUGUGUUCAAAAGCUGUCAUAUAUUGUUAAAGUGAGGUUAAAGAAUGAUAUGGCAUUCAUUUCAUUAUAUAUUUAACUCUACUGUUUAACAAAGUGACUUUAAAAUAAGAGU